GAAAUAUGGCGCUACACAUUAGUUGCCGUCGUCUUGUGUCUCGCACAUCUAUAUUUAAUUCAUCUAUUUUAGAAUCAGCUCGUAAUGUAAGUCCUAGCAAGUCACUACUUGAUAAAAGGCUGUUGACUUAUGUACAAUCACGAAGUAUUUCGCCGCCCUUGGCUUGGAGAAACGCGGUGAGCAGAAGGUCAUUCCGACGUUGUAAUGUUACCAAAGACCUCAUCAAUGGGAAAAACCAAACAGGGGACAGUUCCAGCAAUGGGAGUUUAUUAUGGGCUGCCGCCGCAGCGUUCUCCUUCUUCGGCAAGGCUGAGGAUGAGAGAGAUGAGGCGCAGAAAGCAGAAGAUGAAAUCAUUAUGCUCUUGAAAAGAGCCAAGCUCAGUAUGAUGCGGGAUGAGCUGGAGGCAGCAAAUGGCUAUUUGCAUCAGGCCAUCAGACUGGCUCAUCAGACCCACAACACACAGGCAAUCAUCUACACCUACAGCUUGAUGGCAAACCUCGCCUUUGUUCAAGGUCAGCUGACAAACGCAGAGAAGCUCUUCAAGGCAGCUAUGAGUUUCAUGCUCUCUGGAGGGAUGCCACAGGAUCACAAUGCAGUCAUCGAGAUGUCUCUGAAGCUUGCAAGCAUAUAUGCCUCAAUGAACAAGAAUGAAUUGGCAGAGCACGGGUUCCAGUUCUGCAUGGAAUCCUUGGAGGGCAAGAUUGAGAGACACAAGGAGCUCUCGGUAGAGGAGCUGCCAGAUGAGGAGAGGAAGGACACUCGGCUGCUGCUGGGACUGUGUCUGGAUGCCAGGGCGCGGUACAUGGCCGCCACCCAUCGGCUGGUCCAGGCCACAGGAGACUACCGCCGAGCACUGCAGAUAUGCGCCGAGGAGCAGGGCGAGACACACCCACAGACCCUGGUGCUGAUGAGUGACUUGGCUACCAUCCUGGACCUUCAGGGGAAGCACGAGGAGGCCCUGGGCCACGUGACCAAAGCCCUGCAGCUGGGGAAGGAGGCGGGACACCCCGACCAGCAUGUGCUACUGAGCAACAUGGCGGGCAUAGUGAUGCAUCAAGGUCAGUUGGACGAGGCCAGAAGACUGUACCUGGAGGCCAUCGCUCUGGCUCAGGCCAUGGGAGACGUGGAGGCGGUGGAGCAGAUCGAGGAAGGCCUGAAGGAGCUGACGAGCAAGAGGAAGGCCCAGGCCAAGGCCCAGGCCGAGAAGGACGGCAAACCUGACCAAGAAACGGAGAGUCAGGAAGAGGAGGAAGCAGCAACAGGCUGAUGGGAGGAGGAGGAGGAGGAGGUGUCUCUAUUGGUUUCAGACAUACUGUACCGGUGGGAAUCCACUGGUCAGAAUUCCUCAUUAUGUGUUUAAAAAAACAACCCUUUGCCUGUGCCCAACCCUGGCCACCUCGACGUGUGCCCUGUGUGCCAUUUGUGGUGUGAACAUCCAAUAAACUGCCAUUUUCCGAGUGACGUCGUCCUACGCACUGUUCACCCACCACCUGUGACUUUGCCGUGGUCUCCUGGCACCCUUUUGUGUUGUGACUCCAAAUAUUAUUUUUUCUUUUACUUUUACUUUUACUUCUUCCUUACUCCCUGUGAUCCACUUUAUGCAGUUGUUAUUAUUUUAUUUUUUACUUUUUUUGCCUGGGUUUAGUAGGCUAAUUUAUGUGACGGUGGAGGAGACUCAGGGAGACGAUCAUGCAAAAACUGCAUGUGAAGUGACAUGCUGAGGACUAAGGGUAGAAUGUCUUCGGUUUGAAGUGCUGCUUGCCUAUGGCUGAAUGAAACACAAGCAUAUAUAAAACAACAGCCAUGCCCAUCAUGGUUUUUUAAAAGUCUUUCUGGACCUACAAGGUACUGAGUUUAAUUGGCCCUGCUGCUCAUCCAAGGGCAUCAGACUGGUGGAAGGGAAAAAGCCUGAUGCUGUAAUAAGCACAAAAGAAUGCCAGACUCUUGGGAGUCCACACAGUGUUGUGUCAUGUUUUGAUGUAUGGAAGAUGUGACGGAUUAAAAAAAAAAGAACCACCUGGAUAUGGUUGUCUUCCUUUGUUCUCAUUUUGUUUUGCACACAUAUCUUUUUUAAGGGGCCAUCUAACCUGUCUAAGGGACAAAAGAUGGAAAUUAGCCCUACUACGGCUACAAUCUUGUAUAUUGUGCAUUUUGAAAAAAUGCUAUUAAUAUAUGCUGUCCCUGUGUUAAAUAAAUAAACUUUCAAACACA